ACGGCUCUCAAAGUUGUUUCCCACAACAUCAACGAUAUCUUUAUAUAAUAUUAAUUAUUAAAAAAAUUAAAUCUACUAUCGUUAAGUUCUAGAAUGACGAUCGAUAUCAACGAUUAAGAAGGGCUGAUCGAUGAAGAGAACUCCAAAUAAAGGUCGUAAUCACAUCAUUUCGUUCACAAGAUGUCCUCUUGCUUCCGUCCGUCCCACGUGCCUGCCGAACGACAUCUACCGCACACAACGUUCGCUCGGGCCCAACUGCACCCACGGGGGGCAUGCACGCUUCCCUUGUAACUUCGCUUAAAAUCCUCCCACUGCUACUCGCCGAUUCCAAAGAUGGCGUCUUUCAGCUCUCAGACCUUCCGUCUCGAGGCUUGCAGUGGCGGCGGCAACAGCCCUGUUCGCGUCCAGAUUAAGCCGGACGAUGGCCGCAGGGCGUCGGUUGUGGCGGCUGUUGUCAGGGAGAACGCUAUUUUCCCCAGCGGAGGUGGGUGCCGGGUGAGGUUCGCGACGAGGGGCCGACGAAGUGAGAUCUUGGUGGCGGUCGAGAAGGGGAGGGGCCUUCGGGCCACCGGAAAAGGCGGCGAUUUUGAGCCGGAGAAGGGGAGGGCCGAUGGUGAUGAUGCCGGUGUCAAUGUCGGUGCAGCUCCGGCCACGAUUGACAAGAACAUGAAGGUUCUGGAGAUGGAACACGACUCAAUUAAGCAGGCUGUGGAAAAAAGGAACAUAAUCUCAUCCUUGGGAAGUGAAGCUGCUGAAGCAGUUCAGAGUACUGAUUCUUCUGCUAAAGGUGCUAAAACCAUUAAUUUGAACCUAAGUUCAACUAGUGUUUCUAACAGUUUGGUCCAGUCUUCUGAAUCUAAGAUGUCUAAGACUCAAUGUAUCGGUAAAACUGAAAAUUCUUUAGAGGAAGCAGAAGAGCAAGGUGAUAUCCUACAAGCUGAUGGACUAGCAAAAGAUGCAGAUCUUGAUUCUACUUAUGAUUCAGUCGAAUCAUCACUUAUUAUACAAGAAUCUGAAAGGGGUACUGAAGAUGAGAAUGCUCAGAACCAUACGGAAGCAAAAUCUGAUGGUGUAGAUACAGAAGCAGAUAUUGAGGUAGAAAAUGUGGAUUCCCCUCCUCUGGCUGGAGCGAAUGCCAUGAAUGUAAUAGUAGUUUCCGCGGAAUGUGCUCCUUGGUCAAAGACAGGAGGGCUUGGAGAUGUAGCUGGGACUCUGCCAAAAGCUUUGGCUAGGAGAGGGCACCGGGUUAUGGUUGUUUCCCCAAGGUAUGCCAAUUAUCCUGAAUCCAAAGAUAUAGGUGUUCGUAAAUUUAUCCAGUUGAUGUCAUAUUAUGGGAUGCAGGAUCUGGAAGUAAAUUAUUUUCAUGCUUAUAUUGAUCGUGUGGAUUUUGUAUUUAUCGACAGUCCAGUUUUCCGUCAUCUAGAGAACAACAUUUAUGGGGGAGACCGGCUGGAAAUCUUGAAACGGAUGGUAUUGUUAUGCAAGGUAGCUGUAGAGGUUCCGUGGCAUGUUCCAUGUGGCGGCUUAUGCUAUGGAGACGGAAAUUUAAUUUUCAUUGCGAACGAUUGGCACACAUCACUUCUGCCUGUGUAUCUGAAAGCAUGCUACCGCGACAAUGGCUUGAUGAAGUAUGCCAGGUCCAUCUUGGUGAUCCACAACAUAUCUCACCAGGGGCGUGGUCCAGUUGAGGACUUCUUCCAUGUCGACUUGCCCGAUCAACACAUGGACCUCUUCAAGCUGUAUGAGCCGAUGGGAGGUGACCACUUCAACAUCUUCGCGGCCGGCCUCAAGACUGCUGACCGCGUGAUCACCGUCAGCCGUGGCUACGCAUGGGAGCUCACAACAUCCGAAGGUGGGUGGGGACUCCAUGAGAUCAUAAACGAGAACAACUGGAAGUUCCAAGGCAUCGUCAACGGGAUCGACACAGUGGACUGGAACCCUGAGCUGGAUCUUCACCUGCAAUCCGAUGGCUACAGAAACUAUUCCAUUGAGACUCUGCAAGCCGGGAAACUACAGUGCAAGGCGGCGCUGCAGAAGGAGCUCGGCCUCCCUGUCCGCGAGGACGUCCCCCUCAUCGGAUUCAUCGGCCGGCUGGAUCACCAGAAGGGCGUCGACCUCAUUGCGGGUGCGAUGCCUUGGAUCGUCGGGCAGGACUUGCAGCUGGUGAUGCUGGGCACCGGGCGGGCCGACCUGGAGGAGAUGCUGCGCAAGUUCGACAGGGAGCACCACAACAAGGUGAGGGCUUGGGUGGGGUUCUCGGUGAAGAUGGCGCACAGGAUCACCGCAGGGGCGGACGUCCUGCUCAUGCCAUCGCGGUUCGAGCCCUGCGGGCUGAACCAGCUGUACGCCAUGAAGUACGGCACGGUCCCGGUGGUGCACGCCGUCGGCGGGCUUCGCGACACGGUGAUCCCGUUCGAUCCCUCCAGGGAGAGCGGGUUCGGGUGGACGUUCGACCGGGCGGAGGCCAACAAGCUGAUCAAUGCGCUGGGGAACUGCCUCAACACCUACAGGAACCAGAAGGAGAAUUGGAAGGGCCUGCAGACGCGAGGGAUGGCACAGGACCUGAGCUGGGACAACGCCGCCAAACAUUACGAGGAAGUCCUCGUCUCAGCUAAGUAUCAGUGGUGAUCUUUGAGAACAUGAACGAACAGUAUCUAUCUCAGCUAUCUGAUGAUCCAAUCCGGAUCUCUCUUCAACGAACCUGCAAAGAUUCGUCUAAGUAUUGUGUGCGUCCGUUUGAUUGAUGGCAUCAACAUUUUGACACGUCUCUCUCUCUCUAUCUCUUCCUCGCUGUCGAGGACAGCCCAGUUUUGUUGGAUUCUGUGAUUAGCCACCGCGUCGACAGCCUCUGCUGCGUACGUGCCAGAGGAAAACAGUCGCACCUGCACGCAUAAAUACACAUCGAUUCGCCAUGCAUGUUAUUGGUUGGACCAAGAAGCAGCGUCUUCUUCCUCCUCAGCGCUGGAAACCAUGGAGAAACCAUUGCC